CCUUUUUUAUCAAACACCACGGCCCCCCAUCCAUGGAUCCCCCUCCCCCGCAGCUCCCCCGCGCGCGGGCGCGUGAUGGGCGCCCGCUGCUCCAAGAGCAGCACCGCCAGCGGCGGCGCCGGCAGCGACAGCGGGGAGCGCUGCCGCUGCUGCUGCUGCUGCUGCAGGGCCGGCGCCGCCCAGCCCGGCGGCGCCCCUACGCCGGACGAGCUGUGGCGGAUGCCGCUGGAGGAGCUGCUGGGGGCGCUCCGGGCGCACCCCGCGGCGCAGGAGGUCCAGGCGAGCGGCCUCGCCGCCCUGGCGCAUGCGCUGGCCGCCGCACCCGGCGACGCCCAGGCCCGGGCGGCGGGCCUGGGCGCGGCGGCCACGGUGGCGGAGGCCAUGUGGGCGCACGCCGCCGCCCCGGCCGUGCAGAGCGCCGCCUGCCUGGCGCUGUCGAACCUCGUGGCCAACAGCCCGCCGGGCAAGGAGGCCGCGGCCCAGGCAGGCGCCCUGGUGGCCGCGCUGGGGGCGCUGGCGCGGCACGCGGCGGAGGUGGCGGUGCAGGAGGCCGGCCUGGCGGCCCUCGUGAACCUCGUGGCCGGCUGCACGCCCAACGCGGCCAGGGCCGCCGCGCUCGGCGCGGUCGGGAUCGCCGUGGCCGCGAUGCGGGGCCACGCCGCGGCGGCCGGGGUGCAGGAGGAGGGCUGCGCCCUGCUCGCCGCGCUCGCCGCCCGCAGCGCGGAGGGCCGGGCCGAUGUCGCGGGCGGGGAGGGCCUGCGGUGCAUCCUCGGCGCGAUGGCCGCGCACGCGGGCGAGGAGGGCGUGCAGGGCAGGGGCUGCGCGGCGCUGGCGAACGUGUCGGCGAACUGCGUGGAGCACAGGCGGAGGGUCCUGGACGCGGGCGGCCUCGAGCAGGUGCUGAGCUCCAUGGGCGCCCACGACGGCUGCGAGCACGUGCAGGAGAGAGGCUGCGCGGCGCUGUCCUGCCUGUGCGACCCCGGCGGCGGCGCCGCCGGCCUGGACGCGGAGACGUGCGUGCGGGCCGCCGGGCGCGUGCUGAGGAGCAUGGAGCGCCACCCGGGUGCGCCCGGCGUGCAGGAGCAGGGUUGCCUUGCGCUGGCCGACCUGCUGGGCGCCGGCGGCGCAUCCGGGGCCGCGCUCACCUACUGCCUUCAGGGCGUCCUGGACGCAGUGGACAGGCAUGUCUCCGAGGCGCGCGUGCAGGAGGCGGGGUGCGUGGCCCUGUCGCACUUCGCUGCAGGCAGUCGCACGGAUAGGGAGCUGGUCGCGUCGCAGGGCGGGGUGGAGCGCGUGCUGAGGGCCAUGGAGGGGCACGCCGGGGUGGCGGACGUUCAGCGGCGUGCUUGUGCGGCCCUCGUCAACAUCGUCCUGAACAGCGACGCCAACCGAUCCAAGGCAGCUUCGCUUGGAGCUGUGGAGAGCGUGCUCAAGGCGAUGGAGGUGCACGCAGAGGCCCAGACGGCAUCGGCUGCCAGCGUUCAGGAGCAAGGCUUCGCGGCCCUGGCAAAUUUGGUGUUCGGCAGCGCUGCAAACCAAUCAGCGGCCGUGGCCCUCGGUGGGCUGGGGGCGAUCCGCAGGGGCAUGGAGCAGCACCCUGCGGCCGAAGCGCUGCAGGCGCAGGCCUGCGCGGCGGCCGUGAACCUCGUGUGCGACAGCGCGGCAGGGUCGCAGAAGGCCGUGGAGCUGGGGCUCACCGAGCUGGUCCUGGAGGCCAUGGGGCGCCACGCCGCUUCGGCGCGCGUGCAGGCGGCCGCGUGCGCGGCGCUGGCCGCCCUGGCGUGCUGUGCCGCCGGGGCGGAGAGGAUGCGGCUGGCGGGGCUGCAGCGCGUCCUCGCCGCGAUGGACGAGCACGCGGCGGAGGCGUCCGUGCAGGAGCAGGGCUGCGCGGCGCUGGCGACCCUCGCCGGCGCCAGCGCCGAGGGCGGCGCGCUCGUCCUCGCGAGCGGGGGCGCCCAGGCGGCGCUCCGGGCGAUGCGGGAGCACCUCGACGCCGCGCCCGUCCAGGAGCAGGGCUGCGCGGUGCUGACGAACCUCACCGCCCACGCCGGGUGCGGCCCGCUGCCCCCCGGCGGCGUGCAGGGCGUGCUGGCCGCCCUGGAGGCGCACCCGCAGGAGCCCGGGGUGCAGGGCCGCGCCUGCGCGGCGCUGGCGAACCUCGCGGCCGAGAGCAGCCCCGCCGCGGCCGAGGCCCGCUCCCUCGGGGGCGCGGGCCGCGUGGAGAAGGCCCUGGAGGCCCACGCGGGGGCGCCGCGCGUGCAGCAGGCCGCGCGCGCGGCGCUGCGGAACCUGCGGGCGGGCGCGCGCGCGGGGCAUUGA